GUGUAUUUUCGAUGUCUUUCUCACCACACAAACGUCAGUCACCUUCACCACGGAUUUUUAGAUUUUAGAUCUUUGGCUUACGAACCCAGAAUUCAGCUUUGAGACCUUGCCGUACGUGCGAACGUACUGUAAGUGUCGUAAAUCUCUUGAAAAGGAGAAGAGAAUUUCGACAACUACAAAUACAUUUCUUUGUUCUCACAAUUCGUCUUUGACAUCAACUCAGAACAGAAAACAAAUCAACAAAAAUGAAAUUCUCUGCUGCUGUCCUUAUUGCCACCGUUGGCUCUGCCGCUGCCUUCUCUGGAAGCUCGUAAGUGGAUGAACGCAUCGAGGAACUUCGAACUCGAGCAGAAAUAUUUUGACGGAGCUACUUGUCGAAUGUCGUUUUCCGUCGUUACUCGUUGGUGUCGCCUUCAGAUUUUCUGCAGACAUGAUGAAGUAUUCUCACAUAUGAACACCAUUGGCGCUCCUUUAAAAUCCAAUUAUAUUAUCUCGUGACAUACAACAACAGUUUCUCUGGACUUUCCCUCAAGGCCGCCAACAACGAUUCCGCUAUGACCAUGUCCGCAACCGGCAUGGGAGUGAACGGAUUCGGACGUAUUGGACGUCUUGUCACCCGUAUCAUGAUGGAAGACGAUGCCUGUGAUCUCAAGGCUAUCAACGCUGGAUCUGCCACCCCUGAAUACAUGGCCUACCAAUACAAGUACGAUACCAUCCACGGAAAGGCCAAGCAAACUGUUGAAGUUGACGGUGACUUCCUUGUCCUUGACGGAAAGAAGGUUCAAACUUCCCGAUGCCGUGACCCUAAGGAGGUCGGCUGGGGUGCCCUCGGAGCCGACUACGUCUGCGAGUCUACCGGUGUCUUCCUGACCAAAGAAAAGGCCCAGGCCAUCAUUGAUGGGGGUGCCAAGAAGGUCAUUUACUCUGCGCCUGCCAAGGAUGACUCUCAAACUAUUGUCAUGGGUGUCAACCAAGAAGACUACGAUGGAUCCGAGGACUUCAUCUCUUGCGCUUCGUGCACCACCAACGGACUUGCCCCCAUGGUCAAGGCUAUCCACGACGAAUUCGUCAUCGAGGAAGCCCUCAUGACCACUGUUCACGCCAUGACUGCCACCCAGGCCGUUGUUGAUUCCUCCUCCCGAAAGGACUGGCGUGGAGGACGUGCUGCCUCUGGCAACAUCAUCCCUUCCUCCACCGGUGCUGCUGUUGCUGUCACCAAGGUCAUUCCUUCCCUCACUGGAAAGAUCACCGGUAUGGCAUUCCGCGUUCCCACCAUCGAUGUUUCCGUUGUCGACUUGACCUGCAGACUUCAGAAGGCUACCACCUAUGAAGAAAUCUGUGCCCACAUCAAGGCCCGCUCUGAAGGAUCCCAAAAGGGAUUCCUCGGAUACUCUGAUGAACCUCUUGUCUCCACUGACUUCGAAGGUGACCUCAGAUCCUCCAUCUUUGACGCAGACGCCGGUAUCAUGCUCAACCCUAACUUCGUGAAGCUUGUCGCGUGGUACGAUAACGAAUAUGGAUACUCUGGACGUGUUGUUGACUUGAUGAAGCACGUCGCUACCGUCGAUGCCAAAGUUUCCGCCUAAGUCGAUCGAUUGUUCGUCCUGCGAAGCUAAUUUGAAAAGAAACAAAACUGGGUACCUCUGAUAAAUUAUUAUAAUCGAU